AAUUGUUGUAUCUAUCAGUUAUAGUCAUUCUCAUUAUCACCUGCACUUUUACUAAAUUCAACACCAUGGAAGCAAUAUUGCAAUUGCAACCUCUCCUUAAUAUCAAAUCUAUAUGCUAUCUUUCCCCGAAACCUAUUAUCUUUCUUCAUCAAAAUUUUCGUCCCCUAACAAGAUCUCGAGUGACUUUUUGUUCUUCCUCUCCUACUCCAUUUUCUACUGGAAACUCUUUGAUUCAGCAGGAGGAUACCAUAAUAUUCAGUCUCUUGGAGAGAUCUCAAUAUUCUCAUGAUUCAGUUGCAUAUGACAAAGAUGUGAUCUUCUUGGACGAUUCCAAAGGGUCUUUGGUUGAUUACAUGCUCUUUCAACAUGAAAAGCUCCAUGCUCAGGUGGGAAGAUACAAGAGUGAGGAAGAAAACACUUUCUUCCCUCAGUUCUUUCCCAACCCAAGGCUUCCACAUGUGCAAUACCCCCAGGUUCUGCAUCACUGUGCUGAUUCCAUCAAUAUAAAUCAUAAGAUUCGGAGUGACUAUUUUGAGAAAAUCGUCCCAGAAAUAGCAAAAGCAAAAAAUAAUGAUGAGGGUGGAUCUAUUGCUGUUUGUGACAUUCUUUGCUUACAGGCUCUCUCAAAGAGAAUUCACUAUGGCAAAUUUGUUGCUGAGGCAAAGUUUCAAGAAGCCCGUUCUAAAUAUGAAGCUGCAAUUAAAGCAAAAGACAGGAAACUACUGUUGGAGUUGCUGACAGAUAAAACUGUGGAGGCGAUAGUUAAGAAGAGAGUAGAACUGAAGGCCAAAGCAUUUGGCCAAGUGGUGCAGAUUGAUGAAGCAUACAAUGUAGCCAAUCCUACCUAUAAAAUCAAUCCAAGUUUUAUUGCAAAUCUCUUUGAAGAAUGGGUUAUGCCUCUCACUAAAGAGGUGCAAGUGGAGUACUUGUUGAGAAUACUUGACUAAACAAUGAGAUGGUGACCCUAUACAAAAUGCAUAGUGUUUUUUACUUAAUGUAUGUAUUAUACGUUUAUCUAAGUUUUUUUUUUACUAAACAAGGAUAUACUCCAACCAGCCAUUCCAUCAUGCAAUUGAUGAUAUAAGUAAAUAUUGUUUGCAUCUUUUUUAUCACAUAUUUUUUACAAAUUGUAUUUGUUUAGUCAAAAGUAGUUGUGUUAUAGAUCAUACUAGUUAGAAGUAACUAUUGUCCA